AAGUCACAAAAAAAUGACAUGUCGUCGUCGUCGUCGACUCGUCGCCUUUGAAGUGCUAGCGGUGACCAGAGGUUCCCGUAUACGCACCACACACUAGUCCACUAUAGAACAGAGUGCCAAGCCAUCUUCGCGCCCAGGGCAGCCUGCGCAAGUUGACCGUGGACCCGUGGUGCUCGCCCAAGAACGGAACCACCCGCUGGAGAGGCUCCAGGGAUGGCGCUGACCCGGCUGUUCAUCUCCCUCUUCCCCACCGCCGUCCUGGCCGGACUCGCCUCCGCCUCCGCGUCGCCCUUCCUGUCUGACAGCUUAUUCCAGGGCAGCACCGGAUCGACGGGGAGGAGCUUGCUGCAGACCAAGAAUGGCAGUACUGCAAUCGAGGUGGCGUUUUAGAGCAUCUUCAGCCGUGCCCUUCAGUCCUUCUCACAUAAGCACAUCAUGUUCAGAACAUUGGCCGGAAGAAUCUCUGCACCUUGCUCAUAGCAGCCACCGCCUGCCCUCCGAUGCCGUAGACGUGCCCAGCAUGCUAAUCAGUCAAUCACCCAAUCGCAUGCAGGGAACUAGCUUAAUUUCCUGUGGAACUUUUCGGUCGUCUCCUCAAAAAUCUUGCCUACGCUAAGCGCAUGUACUACUUUUAUUUAUGUUCACAUCACUUGAGAAAACACAGUUAAGGAUAGCAAAUUUGGAAAAUUUAGCAAAUUGCCCGUCUAGCUCAGUUGGUAGAGCGCAAGGCUCUUAACCUUGUGGUCUUGGGUUCGAGCCCCAAGGUGGGCGAUUUUUCUUUUUUUUUGCACUUGUUGGCCUUAACAAAAGCUCAUUUUCGCGUUCAUUUUAACUUCAUCAUUAUAGGUCCCAAUAUCCGCACCACGCCCACUAACGAACAGAGUGGCAAGCCAUCUCGUGGUGCUCGCCAAAAAACCACCACCUGAAACAGCUCCAGCAGCUAGCGAGCGAUGGCGCUGACCCGUCGGUUCAUCUUCCUCUUCGCUGCCGCCAUCCUGGCCGGACUUGCCUCCGCCUCGGCGUCGCCCUUCCUGUCUGACAGCGUAUUGCAGGCCAGCACCGGAUCUACUGGGAGGAGCUUGCUGCAGACCAAUAAUGGCUGCCCUAUGAGCUUCGAGUCCCAGGACUAUACAAUAAUCACAAGCAGGUGCAAAGCGCCACAGUAUCCUUCUAAGGAAUGUUGUGAUGCUUUCAAGGAAUUUGCAUGCCCAUUUGCCGUCUACAUCAACAACCAGAGCACCAACUGUGCAGACGCUAUGUUUUCCUACAUCAACUUGCAUGGCUCGUACCCAGCAGGCCUAUUCGGCACCGAGUGCGUCAAAGGCAAGGAAGGGGUUUCCUGCGAAGGCGUCCCAGGGAAAGGCGCCGGCGUGCCAAGUGGCGGACGGCGAGCUCAAGGGAGUAUCCGUUCUUUGGUUCCUAUCUUGUGUGGGCUAGGAGCAUUGUUGUUCCAUUGAGUGGUGAUACCUUGCACUUCUCCAAAGAUGGCAUGUUGUCCGCUGCAAGUUGUAAGUAGUAAGACUUAGAAUCAAUUUGGUUCUCCUUGGCGCUCAUUUGCUAAUGCAUUGCCAUGUUCAUUUUA